CGUGUCUCUCGGAAGUUUACCCAGCAGUGAUUUUCUCCCGACAGCAGAAACUCUUCUCUGUAAAUUAAACUCGCUUUUCCCCGAGAGAAAGCGCGUCUGGACGGAUCCUUUGCCCCCGAAGUGCCGCUCGGAGACCUGCUGAUGGAUGUAACCCGACUCAGCCCGAGUUUAAGCCGAGUUUAGCCCGAGUUUAGCCCGAGUUCUGCCGUGUUUCUGGAUGGUAAACUGUCCGCAGAAGUUGUGUUGUUUUGGCGCUCGGGAGGAAGAUGGAGGCUCUGUAGCAUCAGGCUAACGGUUAUAAAUAUAUAUAUACACAUAUAUAUAACCUCCACUCACUGACGGGAGCUGCUGUUGAUGUUCACUGAUCGACUAAAGCAUGAGAGUCCCUCAGCCUCUGAGGAUGGGACCAGGGCUACCGGAGGCAGAAUCUAGAUGUCAGAUGGUGCUCUGAAGAACCAUGGGUAGCUGUUUAAGCUGUCCAGAGAAAGAAUUGGUUCCAGAUAAUGAUCAGAGUAAAUUCAAGGUGAUAAACGUGGACGACGAUGGGAACGAGUUGGGCUCAGGUGUGAUGGAGCUGACGGACGCUGAGCUCGUCCUCCACACUCAUCGCCGUGACGAUGUCAGGUGGCCUUACCUGUGCUUACGUCGCUAUGGUUACGACUCCAACCUGUUCUCAUUUGAGAGCGGGCGGCGCUGCCAGACGGGCCAAGGGAUCUUUGCCUUCAAGUGUUCCCGUGCAGAGGAGAUCUUCAACAUGCUGCAGGAGGUGAUGCACAGCCACAGCAUCAGGGUGGUGGAGGAGGCAGUGCUGGAGCCUGCUACUGCUGCAGUUCUGGGUUACUCGGUGCCCACGGUUCCUAACGGAGUGACCAGGAUCCCGUCUGUGGGUGAGGCCCCGUCUCACCCCUCCUCCCGUCACCCGUCUGUGGCGUCCACCCGCCUGCCCUCCGUGGGGGAGGAGUCAACCCACCCCCUGCUGGUGGCCGACGACGCGGUCCACACCUAUGUAAACACCACGGGGCUCCUGGAGGAUCAGCCCAGCCCCCUGACCGUCGCCUCCCCACCCCUGGAGAGUCCCACCUCUGCCCCCCCGACCCCCCCGCCUCCCCCGAGGGCGCGCUGUGAGCCUCCCCCUCCCCCCACGGAGCCCCAGGUGGUGCUGGAGCCUCAGGGCGUCCGCUUUGUGUUGGGACCCACCCCCGUCCAGAGGCAGCUGAUGAAGCAGCAGGAGACCCAGGGAGAGGGGGAGGGGCCUACAGAGGGGGAAGAGCCUCUGGGGGGGGAGGGGCCUCAGCAGGAAGACGAGCUCCUAGAGACUAAUGGACACGCCUCCCCUCCCCCCUUAAUCUCCACGGCCCCCCGCCGCCACCGCCCGCCCCCCCUCACCCCCGACCUGCAGAACGUAAACAACUCUGCUCAGCGCCGCACGGCCCUCUUGGACUACGAGAACCUGCCGGCGCUGCCCCCCGUGUGGGAGGCGCGCAAGCUGAGGGGGGGGGAGGAGGCAAGGAUGCCGGCUCUGAACGGCUUCAACCACCCUCUGACUCACCCUCUGUCACACCCUCUAAUUCACCCUCUGACUCACCCUCUGUCUCACCCGCUGACUCACCCGCUGUCUCACCCGCUGUCUCACCCGCUGUCUCACCCUCUGUCCGCCGCCCUCGAGUGCUCGCACAACUACGUGAACACGGAGAACGUGACAGCGCCGCUCAGCGCCCGGCCGGACACGGCGCGCCGCCGCCCCCCCGAAGGUCCAUCCAUCUUCAACUUCGACUUCCGCCGGCCGGAGCCCAAGACCCUGAACUACAUCGAGGUGGACACGGACGGCGGGAACAAAGGCACGUCGGACGGCAGCAACCCCCCCACGCCGCGCACCCCCACCUCCCCCCCGCUGCCCCCCAACACCCCCACCCGCCGCACAGAGCUCUACGCCCUCAUCGACAUCGAGCGCACCGCCGCCAUGUCCAACCUGCAGAGGGCCCGGCCGCGGGACGACGGCACCUCACGCAAAACACGACACAACAGCACCGAGCUGCCGACCAAGAGCACCGCGUGACCACUUCCUGUUGCUGACUUAGACACUUCCUGUUCACCACUUCCUGUUUCUGACAAAGGGGACGGGAGACUUCCUGUUUACCACUUCCUGUUGACCACUUCCUAUUUUUGACAGAGGGGGCAGGACACUUC